GUAAGGUUCAGCAGUGACGAGAAGAUUAGAGGUAAAGUGUAAAAUGACGGGGAGAGUAGAGUGGCUGGCGAGGGAUGUUGGGUGGAACUGUUCUACAGCACCACAUUUUCCCCGGCUCGGUAUCUGUGCUGCGCUUCCGUAAUUGUGCCCCCGGGCCGGAAUCCGUGGGUUCCCUGUCAGUUCCUCGGACCGUCGUCUGUCCUCAUGUCGGCUCGCAGGUCCGGGCGACGUGCCGGCAGCGGCAGCCGAGGGCGGGUGCGCCUGGUUUACCGCUCGUUGCAGAGCGCCCAGGAUUACCUAGAGAGCGGAGACUUCGGCACGGCGUUCGCUCACUACUUGUUGUUGCUGAACCUGGCGCCCGAGCUGAAGGAGAUCAUCAGGGAAUCAUUCCAAAAUACCCUGUUUAAAUGGGCAGAAGAACUCAAUUCCUUAAGUCGAAUACAGGAUAUAUUUGACUGCUAUGAACAGGCCUUGGAGCUCUAUCCCAAUAAUGAAGUGAUAUGGAACAGUAUGGGGGAACAUUUAUUUAGCAUGGGAUUCCGAGAUGAAGCAGCUGGUUAUUUCCACAAAGCCAUUAAACUCAAUCCUGACUGUGCAGAUGCAAGGGAGAAUUUUUAUCGUGUUGCUAAUUGGUUGGUGGAGCGGUGGCAUUUUUUAAUGCUAAAUGAUAAAAAGAGGAAUGUUGCCUAUCAGAGAGCGAUCCAGAAAGCAGUACAAUCUGGCUGCACGUCUGUGCUGGAUGUUGGAACAGGAACUGGCAUCCUAAGUAUGUUUGCAAAAAAGGCUGGAGCUUGUCAAGUAUAUGCUUGUGAGCUGUCCAAGACAAUGUAUGAACUUGCCUGUGAAGUGGUCGCCUCGAAUCAAAUGGCAGGAGAGAUAAAGAUUCUGCACAUGAAAUCAUUGGAUAUGGAAAUUCCGAAAGAUCUGUCCAGCAGGGUAUCGCUUGUUGUCACGGAGACUGUGGAUGCCGGACUGUUUGGUGAAGGAAUCGUAGAGAGUUUGAUACAUGCAUGGAAAUACCUUCUUCUGCCGCCAAUGCCAGCAGGGCAGGAAGGUCCCACAGAAGGAUUUGGUCGCGUUAUCCCAUUGCACGCUGUUGUAUUUGGCAUGGCAGUGGAGUGUCAUGAAAUCCGCAGACAUCACAGAGUUUGCUUCAAUGAGAUUGGUGGGUUGUGGAUGAAUGAUACAAUAAUGUGGUACAGCCCAGUCAGCAGUGAGCUUUGUAAUGGUGAUGCUGCUGAACCUUACACCACUGAACGAAUGAGGCGAGUACCAGGUGGAUACACCCCUCUGACUGAUCACUUCCAGGCCAUGACAAUUGACUUCAACAGUCCACAGGACUUGGAAGAACUUACAAAUAGGAAACCUUGUCGACUUUAUCUGCCAGUAGUUAAGGAGGGUGUGCUGGAUGCUAUCGUUGCUUGGUUUGUUCUGCAGCUAGAUGAUGAAACUAGUCUUUCCACUGGCCCUGAUGAAGAAACCUGUUGGGAACAGGCUGUAUAUCCUGUGCAGGGUGCACUCGGCCAGAUAGUGAAAUAUGGUGAUACUCUUGUAGUUGAUGUUUCCUGCAAGAAUUCAUACCUGGUUUUUCACAGUAUUGCUGUAUUGAGACGUGAAAACAAGAACACAGUCGAAAUGAACACUUCGAGUGAUCAGCCAAGUAGCCAUCUUGCAUGUGAAGCUGAACUGUGUAAUGCUUUGGCCAAUCUUCAGACUACGAGUGACUCUGGAAUGACCCUCCAUUGUAUGCUUGAAUCGUCAGAAAUAGCUCGUCUCAAUAACACUCAAUAUAAUGACUGUUUCAAAUCGGCUCUAAACAGUGUGUUAUCUUCAUUAACACCAGUGGACAGCGGAACCUGUUUCUCACAGAGAGUGGAUGACAUGAAUUGUGAAAACACAAACUUCCAUAAUUCUUCAGACCCAACCUUUGACACUUUGUACCUGUUAGAUGUAUCAGAGGGUUUUUCAAUUUUGCCACUGAUUGCUGCUAAGUUGGCACCCGUUAAAGUUUUUAGUUCCUUAGAGAAAGCACAGCAGCAAGCUACAUUGAGUAUUCUAGCAGAAUCCAACAACAUUUCCAAAGAUCUGUUAGAGUUUUGGCAUAAUUAUCUGGACGAUGACUCGACACUUUUGCAAAGGCCUCAGUCAGGCAAGCUCUGGAGUGUGAUUAUUCUCGAUGCUAUAGAGACAUGUGGACUUAUACGACAAGGCCUGGUAGAGAAAGCAGUCCUUGCUAGAUGCUUGCUUCGACCUGAGGGAAGGUUGCUGCCUCAGUGUAUAACAAUAUAUGGAAUACUCAUCGAGUCUGACACUUUACAGCAAGAAAGUGCUGUUCAGGGAAAAGAACCCACAUUAGAUUUCAAUAUUGCACCUUUCAUCAACCAAUUCAAGGUACCUAUCCAUGUAUUCUUGCAUUUAUCCACUUUACCUCAUGUUCAACUCAGUGAGCCAGUGGAACUAUUAAAGCUGAAUCUCCUGGACCUUGUUACUGAUGAUCUGUGCAGUGAAAUCAGGGUUCAAGUGCACUCCGCUGGAAGUCUAACUGCUAUUCCAUUUUGGUAUGAAAUUUGCCUGGACGUGGACAUCAGUCUUAACACAUGGAGUGAAUCUUCUCAUUGGAAGCAGGCUGCGUUUGUUCUAGAUAAUCCAAUACCAGUUAACAGGGGAGAUGAACUUCUGUUAAAAAUUCGUUAUCACAAGAGUAGUAUCUCAAUAACUGUAAACCAUGUGUAGCAGUAGUUUUUAAAACGCAAACAACAGGAAUUCUGCAGAUGCUGGAAAUUCAAGCAACACACAUCAAAGUUGCUUGUGAACGCAGCAGG